AUGUUCGGUCGCUCAGUCGGCAUCGCGGCCACAUGCGCACUGAGCGCCAGCGCCUUCAUUAUCCCGCCGGGUGUAGCACCAGCAGCACACGGCGAGCAUGCGCAUGAUCUCUCAUUACAACAAGUCAACCCGAAGAGCCGGACUCUGGUGCAGACAUGCCCUUCAUGUGCAUUUCCAUGGGACAUCGUGAGCGACCAGGCUGAGGACGAAGUGGAGCCAGAGUUCUGGAUACAAGGUGGCUCGAAUAGUCUGGUAUUCAACUUCGGCAUAUCGGAGGAUGGAAAGUGGCUACAGCUCAGUGGCGCGAACAUAUAUUCACCCUCGUGCUUUGGGCGGAAUUGUGGCAGACUACCAGUACCCACCGUGCGACAAAUACCGAGCAAUACCGACCUAUCACACCUGGCGUCCAGCGAUCUAUCACGGUCGGCCAAGUUGAAGGUCACGGGGUAUGGUCUGGAGGAAUCAGAUCCACAGGCACUAUCACCGGAUGGAGAUAUGCUUGUGCCGCUCACGUUCAGAUUGGAAGGCUUGGAGAAGGAGCCGAUUGAGCUUGGCGAGAUUGGCAUCAAGUUGUUGAAGACUAGUGAUGGAGAGUUGUUGAUCAUGCAAGUGGAGGUUGACCCACGACCGCGCAACAUCUUCGAUCACCUUUUGAUGCCUCCACCGGCUGGAGAGGAGGAAGAAGACUUCCCUCAUCCACCUCCGCCACCUUUCAGCCAUCACCCUUACGGUCCACCACCGUUCGAUGCAGAGGGCGCAGAACUUCCACCAUUUCAUCAUCCUCCUCACGGUCCACCACCAUUCGAUAGAGAGGGAGUGGACUUCCCACCUCCACCAACCUCGUUCCACGGUCCACCACACGGCCCACCACAUGGCCCUCACGGUCCAUUCGGACAUAAAGAAUGCGACGUGCUACCCGAGCCUCUCUGCAAGCUCAAGAACAUCAUUGACGCCAAGAUCGAUGCCGCCCUCGGCCCAGCGCAUCGACACCAUAGACCAGGCUGCCCUGGUCGUCAAGGCCAGCACGGUCCUCCAACCAAAGGAGGUCCGCAGCGCUUCCACGGUCGUCCUCACCAUGUGCGACCACACAAUCGCUACCAUCGCCAUCAUCGUUUCUGGCGACAUGGAUUACUACGUGCCUUCGCCAAAGGUCUGGUCACUGUACUCAUCCCAGUCUUCGCUGGUAUCACAGUAGGCAUGUCAGUCAGCUUACUUGGGCUGGUCGUAGGCCGGAUCGUGACCUUCCUGUGGCGCACAUUCGUGCGAGGUAACAAGCGAGGCUAUGUCAAUCUCCCGCAAGACGAAAUCCCCGUCGUACAACACGCAGAGGGCAAGAUGGUGCUAGCUGAGAUGGAAGCACCGCCGCUCUACGACAGCCCGGUUGAUGUGUUCGCGCCUCCACGCUACGAGGAUGUGAAAUCAGAUACGAAGUGA